AUGUACUGGCCCACAGGCACUGCCACCCGGCUCGCCCACCCCAGCAGCAGCACGCCCCUCGUCGCCCUCGCCACCUCCGGCCCCUCCCCGCACGCCCCGCUCGGCCUCACCGCCACCGCCACGCCGACCGAGCUCAUCGUGUGGAGCCCGCGCCCCCGGAUCAUCCUCGCCUCGCUCGUCCGGCGCCACGCCUGUCUCCUCCGGCACGGGCCGACGACCCUGCUGCGCUGGAGGCCCGGCCAGGCCGACCCCCUCCUCACCGCCAGCGCCGCCAUCCUCGUCUACCGGCUCCGGGCCCUCCCCGCCCCGGUCUACGCCCCGCCCGCCGCCCAGGACGCCUCCUUCCUGCUCACCGCCCCCGCCGACCGCAUCGCCCUGCCCGCACUCGCCCUCUGCUAUCUCGGCGAGAUCGUGCCCCCCCACCCCCUCUCCUGCCUCCACCUCUCCCCCGACCACAUCCUGCUCAGCCUCGCCGGCCCCACGCCCCAGCUCUGCGCCAUCCCGUGGACCGCCCUCUCCGUCCCGGGCCCCUCGGCCCGGCUGGCCGACCAGGCAUGGCUCGUCGACAAGGCCGUCUCCCUGCGCUCGAUCACCCACGACCCCGCGCUGGACCUCUACGUCCUCGUUGCCUCCGACGGCCGCGCCUACGUGGCCCAGAUGAUGGCCGCACGCAGCCCGCCCGGCUGGGCCGGCAGAUGCUUCCACGACCCCGAAGCCCGGCCCGGCCGCCGACCCGCCACGGGCGCCUGUGCGCUCAACUUCCGCUUCGGGCUUGUCGCCCUCGCUGUCCAGGGCGACGCCGUCGACGUCUACAGCCUCGCCCCGCCCGCCCAGCCCCCCGUGUACUCCCACUCGCUGGCCCCCCAGACCCCCGACCCCGCGGGGGGCGCCGUGGCUAGCUGUGCAUGGACCUCCGACGGACACGCCUUGGCCAUCGCCGGCCCCGCCGGGUUCGCCGUCUGGUCCGUCUACGGCCGCCUGCUCGUCGCCAGCGGCUCCGCGGGCCUCGCGCCGGAGCCGGCGCCGACCGGCGUCCCGUUCGAGGACGGCUUCAUGCACGCCUGCCAGGACCUAUUCUGGGGCCCGGGCAACUUCGAGCUCGUGCUCCUCGCCGCGCCCCGGGCCGGCGCCGACGCCCAGGUGUUCGUGGUUCCGUUUGCGAAGAGCGCGGUGGCGACGAUGCAUUCGCCGGACAACACGAGGCACGGCUUCCUGCAGCUGGACGACCGGGUGUCGGUGUACCGGGGGACGGAGGCCGCGGAGGGCGCGAUGCUCGACCCGGGCGCAGACCUGUGGCAGGACAUCAAGAUCCCGGCGGACUACAUCAGCGCCAACUGGCCCAUCGAGCUCAGCUGCAUCUCCGCCGACGCCGGCCUGCUCGCCGUCGCCGGCCGGCGCGGGUUCACCACCUUCAGCGCCGCCUCUGGGCGCUGGAAGCUAUUCGAACACGAGCACGAGGAACAGCGCAUCCGCGUCCAUGGCGGCAUGCAGUGGUUCGGCUCCCUCCUCGUCGUCGCCAUCGACCAGGCCGGCGCCUACUCCAUCCGGCUCUUCGCGCGCGAAAACAGCCUCACGCUGGCGCACGCGCUGGCCGAGCACGCGCUGGCCCACCCGGUCGUCCUGCUGUCGAUCCACGACAGCUCGGUGCUGGUGUACACGGCGGCCAACGCGCUGGAGCACCUGAUCAUCAAGGACGGGCGGCUGGUGAGCUGCGGGCGGGUGGGGCUGGCGGCGGCGGUUGCGGACCCGCUGCAGGCGCGGGGGCUAGGCUGGCGGGUGCCGGACGCCCAGCACUGCUUCGGCGAGCCGGAGACCGACCUGGCCCACGCGACGAUCGUCCUGCUCGUGGGGGGCGCCCUGCUCCAGCUGCGCCCCGCCGCCCUGGCGUACGACGUGCACACCCUGGCCACACGCGUCGAGUUCUUCUCCCCCGGCACCCCCGGCCCCGCAUCCGUCCUCCCGGCGGCCCUCGAGCCCUCGCUGUGGGCCUGGGACGCCGCCGCCGUCCGCGUCUGGCUCGGCUUCCCCGACGCCCUCUCCGCCGGCCCCCCGGCCCCCAGCCUGGCCUUCCCGCUCGCCUUCUAUCCCCUCGCCGUGCUGCUCCACAAAGGCCUCGUCGUCGGCGUCCAGCAGCGCACGCGCAUCAAGCCCGCGCUCGCCUUCGCCCUGUUCAGCCUCGUCACCCACACGGAGCUGUUCAUCCAGCACGUCGUCGCGGCCUGUCUGCGCCGAGACCGGAUGGACGAGGCCGUGCAGGUGGGCACCUGUUACGCGUCGCUGGCCUACUUCGGCCACGCGUUAGAGAAGCUGCUGCACGGGGCGAUCGAGGCUGCGGCUUCCCAGCGGCCUCGGCCGACGGACGGAGAGGAGCGAGCGGAUGACGGCGCAGGGGAAGAGAUGGCGAGGGUGGCGCGGUUCCUCGACCACUUCGCGCCCGCGCUCCAGGUCGUCGCGGGCUGUGCGCGCAAGAUCGACGUCUCCCUGUGGCCGCGCCUGUUCGGCGCCGUCGGCCCGCCGCGCAGACUGUUCGAGAGCGCGCUGGCCCAGGACCGGCUGUCCGUCGCCGCCGCCUUCCUGCUCCUCCUCCCGCACUACUCGCCUGCAGACGACGGGCUCGACGAGGGCUCGGCCGACAGCCUCGCCGCCGACGCCCAGCGCCUGCUCGUGAGCGCCGUCGCCGCCACCAACUGGCCCGUACAUCUCCCUCUCUUCCCAUCCCUGCCGGCAAGCCCCGCUGACCCCCCCGUUUCUGGACAGUUGUGCAAGGAGCUCAUGCGCUUCCUCGCCGCCCUCGACGCCUCGGGCGCCCGCCUCCGCCGCGCCCUCGCCGUCGCCGGCAUCCGAACCGCCGCGGCCCCGCCGGGCGGAUCUCUUUGA